UCGGACGUCGUUUGAAUGGAGCAUAGCGGAGUCAGCCGAGGAUUGCCGAUUGCGCCCGAAAAGUUACGAUUGUUCUUUAAUUUUUACUUUCACUUUGUAACAACGUGUGUUCUUCGUAAAAGGUGGAUUGGUUUAACUAUAAUGAGUGUGGAAGACCUCAAUAUAGAACAUUUGGAGAAUGAAUUUGCUCCAAUUUUAAAUUUGUCAGCAACUCCUCAGGUCAAACAACCUGCUAUAGAGUAUUUCCUUGGUCUGACAGGGUCAGAUGAUGGAAAAAAUUUUAUUGGAAAUAGCACCAAGUUCAUCAAGUGUAUUAUUGAAUUGACUGAUGAUCGAGAUGAUGUUGUCGCAGAAGUAGCCUGUAAAACACUCAUCAACCUUGCAACAAAAGAUACAAUAUGUUCUAGAAUUUUGAGCAGUGACAACUUUCCUGAUGUUGUUGUCAAAAAAUUUGAAAAAAUUCUAAAUGCAGAGUACAAACAUGCUGAUCUAGUCUGCAAAUUUUUGUCCAACUUAACCAGGCCUGAAGAAUGUGCCAGAAAAGUAGCUGAUAUCAUGAAGGAAAAUGAAGACAAAUUAAAAAUCAGUAAAUUUGUAAGUGUAUUGUGCAAAAUAGACCACAACAAGGAAGCAGAUCUUCAUUAUUUGGCACCCAUCUUAGCCAAUCUGAGUCAGAUUCAUCACAUACGAGAUGAAAUUUUGUCCAGAGAUCAGUGGGUGAUUCAGCGAUUGUUACCAUUUGUAAACUAUAUGGAAUCAGAUAUAAGAAGAUUCGGAGUUGUUAGCUGCAUUAAAAACUGCUGUUUUGAUGAAGAGCACCAUGAGUGGUUACUGAGUGACAAAGUGGACAUAUUGUCUUCCCUUUUGCUUCCUCUGGCUGGUCCUGAGGAAUUUGAUGAUGAAGAAAUGGAGAAACUACCAGAAAGAUUACAGUACUUACCACCAGAUAAAACCAGAGAACCAAACCCGCAGAUAAGAUGCAUCUUGUUACAAGCAAUUUUAAAGUUAUGUGCAACCAAAAAGGGAAGAUUGUUUGUGAAAGAGAAAAACACGUACAUCAUCAUCCGUGAAUUACACAAGUGGGAGAGUCAGCGAAGUAAUAUUAUACCCAUUAUGAAUUUAAUUGAUAUCUUGAUUGGCGAUGAACCAGAGGAGGGGAUGGAGAACUUGCACCAGGUUGAAAUUCCUGAACACCUGAAGGAGAAAUUUACAAAGGAAGAUCAGGAGGAUGAGAAGGAGUAUAUGCAAUGAGACUGCUUAUUAGUUGUUUACUUGUCUCAAAACUGCAAUUUAGAUGUUUCCUUGGAAAUCAUAAACAUGGGCAUUUAUUAUUGUCCAGUUGUAGAUUGUGAAAUUUGUGACCCCAAGGUAGGGGGUUCUGCAGAUUGGGGGGGGGGGCUCUUUUGGUUAUAAAGUAAAAGAGCAUAAUUCAAAAAAAAACAUUUUCUCCUCUGAUCCUAGGUAUUAAGCAGACAAACUAAGUAUAUAGUCCUUAUUUUCUCUAAAGCUCAAAGAGCAAAUGCUUUAGCCAUUUGUGCGGUGUAUACGUAAACUUAAUAAAAUAUAGGGGCCCAAGAGCCCCUUAGCCCUCAUUCCGGUCCUUUUCAUAACUUAAAAUUCCUUUAGAUUUUCAUGAGGAUGGAGUACAUGUUAGAAGUUAGAAAUUCCUUGAGAGCCCCCCCCCCCCCCUUAAAAAAUGGGGAGCAAAAGAAGGGAGAACUAUUCUGCAAUGUGCAUGAAUUGAUUUAGGGACAAGCCAAUCUUAUUUACAAUGAAUUAUAUUCUUUUUUUCAAUGAAGUACAGAUGAGGCAUUUUAUCCUAUUUUAGUGGGAAAUAUAAUAUACAAGAUACAAUUUGUAUCUAAAAAGUAAGGACAUCUUCAACUGUAUAAAAAUAGGUACUUUAAUGGUUCACAGGCGCGUAGCUGCCUAUACGCAAGUACGCAAGUGCGUACACAUCAUUUUCAAAAAGAAAAGAAAGAAAGAAAAGAAAAGAAAGAAAAAAGAAUAAGGAAAGAGAGAGAUUUAUUCGGAGAAAAUGGGGCAGUAUCUGUCUUGCAAAUUAUUUUACGUCUUAUUGUUUCUAUUCAAAUUUUUUUGUUCAGAAUAUCGUUAAAAUCCAGUCUUUUAUAAAAUGAAUUCCACACUUCUUGAGUAAGAAAAUAUUGUUGAACCAAAAUUUCCAACUGUUAAUCCGCGUAAUCCUGAUUAUCCGGACAAAUACAUGUAUUUGAUGAAGGAAAGCGAUCUAAGUGACAUUGAUCUAAAGAAAAAGUUACAAGGGUCUUGGACGACUAUACAAGAAUUUCCGUUAGAGUAAUGAAUAAAUAUCGAUAAACAAAAAAAUGGCAAAAUUCAAAUUACUUAACAAAGUAAAUAAAAAUAUAGAUCAUUUAUGAAUAUUUUUUUUUAGUGAUAUUUCCAAUUUAUAGAAUUUAAGUACUCUCACCUUGUUUAAGCUAUCAGAAUAUAAAGGUUUUCAAAAGACCCACACCCCCGUUUAUAUUCUGAAAUACUUUAACUCCAAUGAUAACUUAUUAAAUACCUCUCUGUUUUAUCUUGUCACACUUGGAAACCUUUUUUUUCCAAUACCAAUAUAUUUUUAAAGUAAUUUGAUCAAAUUAUCCUUCUCUUCCCAUACUAUCCAUAGAAGUAUAACUUAGCUAAGUGUUUGCUUGAGAAAAGAGAUGUAGCGUGAUUUCUUUUAAAGGAAAAUGACUGAAAAAUUUCGUAAAAUCCAGUAGCUUCCGGGGGCUUCGCCCCUUGGACCCACUGGGGGCCUCAGGGCGGCCCCCAGAUCCCCGGCCAUUUCCUGCGUACACUUCAUUUCAAUGCUGGCUACGCGCCUGGUUCAAUAAUUUUCAUACCAUUAACGGAAGUAAAGUUUCAGUCCCCUUGAUAUAGAAAUCAAAAAUUGUAUAUAGAGUUUUAAGAGUUUGUAUCUGUUCAUCAUAAGUAGUGCAGCAAUAUUUCGAAAAAUGCACUACAUCACGCCUCAACAGGCCCUUAUGCAUCAUUAUCAUGAAUGACAGUCCUUGGACUGGAAGUCCAACGGUUACUACACCACGCUAGGCUAGAGAAAAUUCGACCUCAUCAUCUGAAAAACAGGCAUUCAAAAAUGGCAAAGAAUAUUUCUUUCGCUUAGAUCUCCAGAUUGAUGAACCUAUUACAUUGUAGAAAUCAAACUGGCUUUACUGCAAUUGAUGUGCUUGAAGUCUUGCAUGCUGUAAUUGAAUGGCCAGGUGUUGGGUGUUUUAAUAUUCAUGUGUUCAAUAAAUAAACCAUUUAACAUCUUCUAUUAUCGAAUUUCUGAUGUUUUAAAUCGAUUUUUACCUUACUGUGUUUAUUUUUGAAAAUCAUGAGAUAAACAAUUUGAAUAUUU